UGGGAGGAGCUCUCUCCAUGACCCUGUGCCUGCUGACCACACCCAGAUUCCCCCUAACCCCGCCCUCCAGCAUGGCGCUGUCACUCUGGCUGCUGUGUACCUGUGCUGUCACCUCCCUGCUCAUCGCCCCCUCUGCUCAAGCUCUGAGUCGGUCAGCGAUGCCCUUCGGCCUGAUGCGUAGAGAGCUGGCGUGCGAGGGAUACCCCAUCGAGCUGCGCUGCCCUGGCAGUGAUGUCAUCAUGAUUGAGACGGCCAACUACGGCCGCACGGACGACAAGAUCUGUGACGCUGACCCCUUCCAAAUGGAGAACGUGCAGUGUUACCUGCCUGACGCCUUCAAGAUCAUGUCACAGAGGUGUAAUAACCGUACCCAGUGUGUGGUGGUGGCAGGGUCCGAUGUGUUCCCAGACCCCUGCCCAGGGACCUACAAGUACCUGGAGAUACAGUACGAGUGUGUCCCCUACAUCUUUGUGUGUCCAGGCACACUGCUGCGUGUACAGGCGGCCAGCUCGCCUCAGGAGGCAGAGCAUCAGUCGGGGGCGUGGUGUAAGGACCCCCUGCAGUCAGGUGACCGGCUCUAUGUCAUGCCUUGGACUCCCUACCGCACCGACAUGCUGUAUGAGUACGCCUCCUGGGAGGACUUCAGACAGAACCGCGCCACCACCACCUACAAGUUGCCGAACCGUGUUGAUGGCACAGGCUUCGUGGUAUACGACGGCGCCGUGUUCUACAAUAAGGAGCGCACACGCAACAUGGUCAAGUAUGACCUGCGCACACGCAUCAAGAGCGGCGAGGCCAUUAUCGCCAAUGCCAACUACCACGACACAUCGCCCUACCGCUGGGGUGGGAAGAGCGAUAUCGACCUGGCAGUGGACGAGAACGGGCUGUGGGUCAUCUACGCCACAGAGUCCAACAACGGACGACUGGUGGUCAGCCAGGUGAACCCGUACACCCUGCGCUUCGAGGGCACCUGGGAGACCAGCUUCGACAAGAGGUUGGCGUCCAACGCCUUCAUGGCGUGCGGCGUGCUCUACGCCGUGCGCAGUGUCUAUCAGGACGACGACAGCGAGGCCGGCGGGGAUCUGAUCCUUUACGCCUACAACACGAACCGUGCCCGGGAGGAGCCCGUCCACAUCCCCUUCCCUAACCCCUACCAGUACGUCUCCUCUGUGGACUAUAACCCCAGAGACAACCAGCUCUACAUCUGGAACAACUAUAAUGUUCUGAGAUACCCGCUGGAGUUCGGACCACCGGACCCCACCACUGGCCCUCUGACGACCACUCAGGUGACCAGCACCACGCCAGCCCGACCUUUCACCUCCAGUUCUAGCCCUGCUACCACCCGCCCCCUGGCCCCCACCUCUCACCCCAUUGGUGCUAUCAACAAGGGCCCUGACCUGCGGCCAAUCACAGCCACCGUACCAGUCACCAGGCGGCCUCCCCGCCCGCCCGUCCAGGGCCCGGAGCCCCAGGUGUGUGAGUCCAGAGUGGCCAGAGGGGUGCAGUGGCCCUCCACCCAGAGAGGAGAGACUGUGGACCGCCCCUGUCCUAAAGGAUCACUAGGCAUCGCCUCGUUCCAGUGCUUGGCGGCUCCGGUCAUGUGGAACCCUCGGGGCCCUGACCUCAGUAACUGCACCUCUCCCUGGGUCAACCAGGUAGCCCAGAAGAUAAAGAGUGGUGAGAAUGCUGCCAACAUAGCUGGGGAGUUGGUGAACCACACACGGGGGCGGAUCCACGCUGGUGAUGUCAGCUCGUCAGUGCGUCUGAUGGAACAGCUGCUGGACAUACUGGAUGCCCAGCUUCAGGCCCUGCGGCCCGGCAACAAGGAGUCAGCCGCACGCAACUACAACAAGCUCCAGAAGAGAGAGAGGACCUGUCGGGCUUACAUCCAGGCGGUAGUGCAGACAGUGGACAACCUGCUGCGUACAGAGGCUCUGGAGUCGUGGCAGGACAUGAACACUACGGAGCAGGCCCACACCGCCACCAUGCUAUUGGAUGUCCUGGAGAAAGGAGCCUUCCUAUUGGCCAACAACAUGUACGGCAACCGCUUCACUGACCGGGCCCCCAAUAUCGAUCUGGAGGUGCACGUGUUGAACACAGAGAUGGACCUUCAGGACCUGUCCUUUCCUCAGAACUACGUGAGCGACAGCACCAUCCAGCUCUCCGCCUCCACCAUCAAACAGUACAGCCGCAAUGGCCAAGUCAAGGUAGUGUUUGUUCUUUAUAAGAACUUGGGCUCCUUCCUGUCUACGGAGAACGCCACGGUGAAGAUGGAGCUGGAGGCGGCACCGGGGGAGCGGGGCUUGGCGGUCAACUCCCACGUCAUCGCCGCCUCCAUCAAUAAAGAGUCCAGCAGAGUGUUCCUCACUGAGCCGGUCGUGUUCACACUCAAACACUUACAGUUGGAGAACCACUACAGUCCCAACUGUUCGUUCUGGAAUUACUCUGAGCGGUCGAUGACAGGCCAGUGGUCGUCUCAGGGCUGUAGACUGCUGGACACCAACAGCACACACACCACCUGCUCCUGUUCCCACCUCACCAACUUUGCUGUGCUCAUGGCCCACCACCAGCCUGAUUACCCUGGGAGGAUGCACGAGUUGAUCCUGUUUGUGAUCACCUGGGUGGGCAUAGUGAUCAGCUUGGUGUGCCUGGCUAUCUGCAUCUCUACCUUUUGCUUCCUGAGGGGCCUGCAGACCGACCGCAACACAAUCCACAAGAACCUCUGCAUCAACCUCUUCAUCGCAGAGCUCCUCUUCCUUAUUGGAAUCGACAAGACCCAGUACCACAUUGCCUGUCCGAUCUUUGCUGGGCUGCUUCACUUCUUCUUCCUGGCUGCAUUCUCCUGGAUGUGUCUGGAGGGGGUGCAGCUCUAUCUGUUGCUGGUGGAGGUGUUUGAGAGCGAGUACUCCCGCAAGAAGUACUACUACCUGUGUGGCUACUGCUUCCCAGCUCUGGUGGUGGGCAUCUCGGCAGCCAUAGACUACCGGAGCUAUGGGACCAAGAAAGCGUGCUGGUUGCGGGUGGAUAACUACUUCAUCUGGAGCUUCAUUGGCCCUGUUUCUUUUGUUAUUAUGCUGAACCUGGUGUUCCUCAUGAUCACCGUGCACAAGAUGACCCGCAACUCCUCUGCGCUAAAACCUGACUCCAGUCGCCUCGACAACAUCAAGUCAUGGGCUAUUGGGGCCAUCGCCUUGCUCUUCCUGCUUGGUCUGACCUGGUCCUUCGGCCUCCUCUUCAUCAACGAGAACACGGUCAUCAUGGCCUACCUCUUCACCACCUUCAACGCCUUCCAGGGCAUGUUCAUCUUCAUCUUCCACUGCGCUCUGCAGAAAAAGGUGCAUAAGGAGUACAGUAAGUGUCUGCGUCACUCGUACUGCUGCAGCCGUACCUCCACCACCAGCUCCCACGGCUCCCUGAAGAACUCUGCCCUGCGUGCCAACAACCGCUACUACACUGGCAACCAGGCCCGCCACGCUGCCGCACACAGACAGAGUCGGAUCCGCAGGAUGUGGAACGACACGGUUCGGAAGCAGACGGAAUCUUCCUUCAUGGCGGGAGACAUCAACAGUACUCCUUCACUCAACCGUGCCACCAUGGGAAACCACCUCCUGACCAACCCAGUGUUACAGACCCGUACUGGCACCUCUCCCUACAACACCCUACUGGCUGAGAGCUUCACUCCCCCUUCUCCUGGGGUCUUCAACUCCACCGGAACCUUCCGUGACCCAAAGAACACUCUAUGUAAGGCCCGUGAUCCAUGUGGUAUGGACACCCUGCCCCUCAAUGGUAACUUCAACAACAGCUACUCCCUCCGCAGCGUGGGGCCAGUGGGCGGUGGCGGGGGCAGCUGUGACUUCCUGGGCGGGGGCAUGGGGUGUGCAGACGCCCCCCCUCCCCUCCUCAACCCCCGCGGGUCUGAAACCCUGGGCGGGGACGGAAUACGGCGCAACCUGUCUGACGCAGCUGCCUUCGAGAAGAUGAUCAUCUCUGAGCUGGUGCACAACAACCUGCGUGGGGCAGGAGCUGGGGGCGGGGAUAGGGUCUGUGGUAGUCUGGCGAGGGGCCCUCCUCACGGCGGAGUAGGCCGAGGCACAGGAGUAGCUGUGCCAGAGCCGAGCAUCAGCCUGGACGACGACGAGGACUUCCUGUCCAGAGAAGGCGGGCGCCAGAGGACGCCGCAGGACGUGGAGCUGCUCUACAAAGCCCUGGAGGAGCCGCUGCUACUGCAGAGAGCCCAGUCUGUCCUUUACCAGUCUGACCCCGAGGAGUCAGAGAGCUACACGGCCGACCUCACAGAGAGCCUGGGCCACAGCGGCCACAGUGGGCACAGCGCCGGAGGCCAGGGGUCUGGGGGACAGGGCCCUGACUCUCCCGCCAGGGACUCCCUGUACACCAGCAUCACCAACCUGCGAGACUCGCCUUACCCGGACAGUAGCCCCGAGCCCCUGGAGGUGGUGCCCCGCUCGGCCCAGCCCCCUGAGGAGCUCUAUUACAGCUCUGGGAGGCCCGCCCUGGGGUCUCGAGGAGCACCCAUGCAGACCUUCUACCAGGCCCCGCCCCCCAGGAGGCCCAGUAGGGAAGGGGAGGGGCACCCCGGCCAGGAGCCCACCCACAGCGAGGGAGACGGACAGAUGCAGCUGGUCACCAGCCUGUGACUGGAACCGGGUGGAUGCGGACGGGGACCAAGAUGAUGAGGAUGAGGAUGAAGGCUGGCUGGUUGCCUCCUCAGAACCCGCCUCUCUCUCUUUCUCUCGCUCCUCUCCACUUCCUGCUUGAUUGGUUGCCUUUUUUCCCCUCUUUAUUUGUAUUGAAAGAUGAGCGAGCAAAUUUACAUUUAAGGAGAGUUUUAGCUGUCUCCACGGCAACAGUCUUAUCCUAGAGAACCUCCGCUGUCUGGUGGAGAUGAGUGAUGGCUGAGUUGUUCUUCUCUGGAACAUUCACCCGCUCUCUCCUUCUCUCUCUUCAACAUCCCCCUUUCUCUUGGCACGCAGCAGACAGAUGCCAAGUCCAGCACUCUGAAUGUACCAAUCCAACAAACCCCUUAUACCUUACUCCUACAGAGCUACAGAUAUUUCUCAACUUAACUUUGUUCAAAGUACAUUUUAUUUAAUUUCACUGAAUUUCUACAAACAUUCCUCUAGAGAAAUUGUUCUCAUUUUCUAGUUCCCUUUUCUCUUUCCCUUUUUCAUGUUCCAUCUCUCUUUUUGUUCACUCAUCAUUUGCUCGGCAUAGUUAGCUGUGGAGACAGGGGAUAUACUGUAGUAGCCUAUUAUACCAUAGGAAAAAAAUCUCUGAAAGCUACUUCAGUGUUGCCAAAAAUACAUUUUCCCAGCCAGAACAGAAACUGGAGCAUUCACACUCACACAGACAUACACACACAGACAUACACACACACACACACCCACUCACAGAAGUGCUUGUUUCUGAACAUCAGACACAACCCUCCAUCUGAGUAAAAAGAAGCCAGAACAAUUGUUCAGACAAAGGCAGUUGGAGCUGUCUAAGAGUAGUUGCCUUUAUUUUAUCUUGCUAUGAACUGACUCGUAUAUACAGAACUAGAGGAGAGACUGAGGAAGUAGGAAGUACACCACAGGGCAGGAAGGCUGUUUGAGGGGUCAAGGGUCAGGGGUCAAGAGGUAGAUCUUUAGGACUCGAGGAACGGACAAGGACUUUUUUUUUGGGGGGGGGGGGGACUUUUUAGUUAUUUUCUUCAGACAUUUGAAAAGUAAAAGACUGCUUUACUAACUUUGAAGAAGAAUAUGUUAUCUUGGUGACUUUCUGUUGCAUCACCCGGAGGGUUGUUAAGGGACAGAUUGUGCACCCUUUAAGAAUGGAUGCCCUCUUCAAUGGAUGUGUCCACGUCACCUAUGUGUGGUUGUGACAGAAUGGACUCUAAAUGUUGGAACCACUUCAGCCGUUACGCAAGUCUAACCCUGUACAUAUGAACCACACAAACUACAGUACUUACUCUACUCCUACCGUGUAAAUACAGAAACCAGAUGAAGAAAAGCAACAAAAAAGUAAGAAAUACUAAAAACGGACUUCUUGUACUGCAACAAAACAACAAAAGAAAAAAAGAAAAUGUUUUGGAGUUUGUGACCUGAAUGAUGCACUCCAUCUCUCUGCCCGUCGUUAUCUUGCUCUCUCACUGUCGUUCUCUUGACUCAUAACUAGUGCUGUGCCAUUCAGUGAAAAUCUCUCGAACAGAAAAACAGAGAGAGAGAAAGAGUAUGAUGGGUGGUAGAUUUAGCAUACAAAUAAAACCGUUUAAAAAAAAGUCCUGGCACAAUUUUAUGUAAUAUAAUCCAUUACAUGUUGUUAAUGUUUGACCUUUGACAUUCCCAGACAGGAAGUGCUGUGUGGGCGGGGGAGGGGGGAUAGAUGUCAUAAUAACAUGUCAUACUGUGCCUCAUCACGGGCGUUCCAAUGCAUUGUGGUUCAAGGACAGCAGCCAUAAUGUGAUUUUGGUCAGUAAUGUAUUGUUUGAAAGGUUAUAUCCUAGAUACAACUAAAUUAUAUAAUUUUAAUAUGAUGGGUUUUAGCAUGUCAGAUAACAUUUGUUUUCUAUCAAAACGUCUAUCAUUUUGCUGUUUCUAACAGAUAGUUUCAGCAUUAUUCCAGAGCCUAAUGUGACAAUGAAUUCCCUGUUUGUGUGUGUGUGUGUGUGUGUGUGUGUGUGUGUGUGUGUGUGUGUGUGUGUGUGUGUGUGUGUGUGUGUGUGUGUGUGUGUGUGUGUGUGCGGGAGAGAGUUUGUGUGUAUGCGUACAUGUGCAGGAGAGUGUGUGUGUACAUGUGGGUGUGUGAUAUGCUCAAACAUAUGUACCAUAUUCGUGGGAAUUUUGUAAGUGUGUACAUUCAAAAAGCUAUUUUUGUUGGGUGAAUUGAAUGCACAUCAGAGGAAGGGGACAGUAAUUCUAAAUCUAGGAGAAAGCCUUUUAUUCUAUUAGCUUCCAUCUCAAAGACAAGGGUAGCCAGCUGCUUCUGUGUGGCUGUUCCUGAGGUUCAGGUACCAACGUAAAACUGGGACACUUCAGGCUGCCUCACAGGAUCUUGAGCAAGGAACAAUGACAGGGUUUGUCCGAAAUGGCACCCUAUUUCAUAUGUAGUGCAGUUCUGACCAGGGCCUCCCUAUGGAUUGAACUACUAUUGACCAUAGCCCUAUGUAGUGAACUACUAUUGACCAGAGCCCUAUGUAGUGAACUACUAUUGACCAGAGCCCUAUGUAGUGAACUACUAUUGACCAGAGCCCUAUGUAGUGAACUACUAUUGACCAGAGCCCUAUGUAGUGAACUACUAUUGACCGGAGCCCUAUGUAGUGAACUACUAUUGACCAGAGCCCUAUGUAGUGAACUACUAUUGACUGGAGCCCUAUGUAGUGAACUACUAUUGACCAGAGCCCUAUGUAGUGAACUACUAUUGACCAGAGCCCUAUGUAGUGAACUACUAUUGACUGGAGCCCUAUGUAGUGAACUACUAUUGACCAUAGCCCUAUGUAGUGAACUACUAUUGACUGGAGCCAUAUGUAGUGAACUACUAUUGACCAGAGCCCUAUGUAGUGAACUACUAUUGACCAGAGCCCUAUGUAGUGAACUACUAUUGACCAGAGCCCUAUGCGAACAAAGACAGAACUUGGAUCAAAGAAGCAUGCUGUGUUCAAAAUGGAACCAUAGUGCACAAGGGCAAAAGUUGUCCACUAUGUAGGGAAUAGGGUGCCAUUUCAGACAGUACAGUCAGAAUGACAGGUAGAGUUGACCGAUGGGACCAUCCAGUCAGAAUGACUGGCAGAGUUGACCGAUGGGACCAUCCAGUCAGAAUGACAGGCAGACUUGACCAAUGGGACCAUCCAGUCAGAAUGACAGGCAGAGUUGACCGAUGGGACCAUCCAGUCAGAAUGACAGGCAGACUUGACCAAUGAGACCAUCCAGUCAGAAUGACAGGCAGAGUUGACCGAUGGGACCAUCCAGUCAGAAUGACAGGCAGAGUUGACCGAUGGGACCAUCCAGUCAGAAUGACAGGCAGACUUGACCAAUGAGACCAUCCAGUCAGAAUGACAGGUAGAGUUGACCGAUGGGACCAUCCAGUCAGAAUGACAGGCAGUUAACCGAUGAGACCAUCCAGUCAGAAUGACAGGCAGAGUUGACCAAUGGGACCAUCCAGGCAGAAUGACAGGCAGAGUUGACCAAUGAGACCAUCCAGUCAGAAUGACAGGCAGUUGACCGAUGGGACCAGAAUGUCAGAAUGACAGGCAGAGUUGACCAAUGAGACCAUCCAAUCAGAAUGACAGGCAGAGUUGACCAAUGAGACCAUCCAGUCAGAAUGACAGGCAGAGUUGACCAAUGAGACCAUCCAGUCAGAAUGACAGGCAGAGUUGACCAAUGGGACCAUCCAGGCAGAAUGACAGGCAGAGUUGACCAAUGAGACCAUCCAGUCAGAAUGACAGGCAGAGUUGACCAAUGGGACCAUCCAGUCAGAAUGACAGGCAGAGUUGACCAAUGAGACCAUCCAGUCAGAAUGACAGGUAGAGUUGACCGAUGGGACCAUCCAGUCAGAAUGACAGGCAGAGUUGACCAAUGGGACCAUCCAGGCAGAAUGACAGGCAGAGUUGACCAAUGAGACCAUCCAGUCAGAAUGACAGGCAGUUGACCGAUGAGACCAUCCAGUCAGAAUGACAGGCAGAGUUGACCAAUGAGACCAUCCAGUCAGAAUGACAGGCAGAGUUGACCAAUGAGACCAUCCAGUCAGAAUGACAGGCAGUUGACUGAUGGGACCAUCCAGUCAGAAUGACAGGCAGAGUUGACCAAUGGGACCAUCCAGUCAGAAUGACAGGCAGUUGACUGAUGGGACCAUCCAGUCAGAAUGACAGGCAGUUGACUGAUGGGACCAUCCAGUCAGAAUGACAGGCAGUUGACCGAUGGGACCAUCCAGUCAGAAUGACAGGCAGAGUUGACCAAUGAGACCAUCCAGUCAGAAUGACAGGCAGUUGACUGAUGGGACCAGAAUGUCAGAAUGUAGCGUUGCCAUAUUAAAGCGAUGCCAGAGAGAAACCAUCCAUCAAACCAGAGACGUAUUCAUGAGGUUCCUUCCCCCUAAAGUCUGUCCCAACCUUAAAAAGCUGACAGUUUUGCCAUUCUCUUUAUUUAUGUAUUUUUCUAAUGCUUUAUUUAUCUCUAUAUUUAUUUAUGUAUUUGGAAUAUUUAUUUCUAUGUUCAUUUAUUCAUGCUUUAUUUUUUAUUUUUCAAGAUCUCUGUACAUAGCUGAGCUGUGCGAUGCGAAUGCUGAAGUAAGCCCAUUUAAAUGUGCAGUACAUUUAGGCAAGUAGAUGGAUUCUCCAGCGUCCACCUCAGGGUGACAUUUGGUUAGGGCCUGGGUGUCCCACUUCUUCCUAAAGAGUCCUAAAGGGCACAUUUAGUUUAGUUGUGGCUCUUGGGGGAGAAAGGGAAGGAUUGAGAGCCAGGAUAGAAUUAAGAAUAUAUUCGUUUUUUCCUCCAUUUCUUCUUGGUAGAGGAAUCUCUCUUAGUUCAGACUCAGAUAGGAGGCCCAGGUGUUCUACAGGAGGCAUGUGUGCAAUACUGUGCUGGUGUGUCUGACUUGGUUUAACAUUGGAAACGGCCUGGUUGGGUAGUGUUACUAUAUGCCUACCACUGGACCGCUGUGUAUGUCUGUGUUUACAGAAGGAUCUGAUAAUUAUGCACAUUUUCUUUUGCUUGUUACUGGAAAUAUUAAUUAAACAUUGGCCUUGCAGCUCAUAGUUAAUUCAAUAGGAGCAUUGACCGGUCAGCAAUGGACAAUUGAAUGUAUGUUGACUAGAAGGAAUAAAGAAAAGUGAAUUAAUGCCCUACACUGACCGCCAUCAUUAUCAUCACAUCACCACCUACACCUUUAUUGAUGUGAUCUACAAAGUUGACCUUUAGCUGGUAACCUCACAGGGACAGACACUGUUUAUGGACAGACUCACCAGGAGGGGAAGAACCUGCAUCACCAUCUCCUGUGUAGGCUCUCUCUCUCGCUCUCUCUCUCUCUCUCUCUCUCUCUCUCUCUCUCUCUUUCUUCCCUCACCUCUCUCACUCCAUCCCAUCUUAUUCCACCAAUGGGCUCUCUUUUAGCCCAGCAUUAAUCCCAGAGUUUUGUUUGGAGUUAAUUUGUUUGUCUUAAGCUUUGUUUACACCAGAUUGAUAUCUCAAUAAACAGUGGAGCCGUACUGUAUUGUGGUAAUGCUAGUGAUUAUACAGCAGAAAGCACUGUAGGACCCAGAGACCUGCUCAAUGGGAGUUUCACCCCCAUCUAAAUCCCUAUGUUACCUCUGAUUAGGAUAAUAACACUGGCUAAUCAUUUACUGUGCUGAGACCACAGAGGGAGAGACCUCUAUACACACACACACACACACACACACACACACACACACACACACACACACACACACUCUAUCUCCCUCCCCCUUACUCUCUCACCCACUUCCAGCCCACUACUCCCUGCCCGUGCAUCUAGCCCCUACCUCCAUGUGUGCAGGCAGGUGGAUUGAAGGUUCUUAUAGGAUAGAGUUGGAGUCAGUCUGUCCCUUCAGUCUGCGGCCCCUGCAGCUCUACCCCAGUAGAACAGUCAUCUCUCAGUGUUCCAAUAGACAGCGGAGGACACUGUGAUCUGACAGUAACGUUGCCCUGCUGCUGACCUUCUCAGAUGGACUGUUUCUCUCCCAGGUUUGUGAUGCCCAUAUCCUGUGACCUCUGCGUUAGUGUGAAAACAUGUCAGUGGUUCCUCUGCAGCGGAGCGGAGGAGAGGAGAGGAGGAGCACUGGGUCAUGUAGUCUAUCCCCAGGGAACUGCCAUAAAGGGAGCGGUGUCAGGACAUGUGAUGUCACAGUUAGCCAGGGACAGAGUGUGUGUGGGGGGAUGACUGUCAGUGUGCCUGUGUGUUCGUGCAAGGUUAUACAGGAAGCAGAGACAAGGAUGUGAUUUAUUGUUCUAGAUGCCUUACUGUUGCCGUGGUGAGGAGUCAGGAGGUUCCAGUUCAUCAACUAACCAGGCGCAUUAGAUCAACUCCACUGGCCUCACAAACCCAUCGUAACAGUAACACAGAGGUCUCUGUCUGUGUAGUGAAAUGAUUGACAUAUAAUAGGAAUCAACUGCCACAUCUACUGGACAAGGGAGAUUUUCAGAGUGAUAAGGAAUGCAACAGGCUUUCCUAUAGAGAAUAAUAAAUUAGUACUAUUUUGUUAUUGGUCUCUUGUUACGUGUCCACAUGACUAUAUACAGUACAUAUAUCAUAGUUUUAAGAAUAUGUGGGAGUAUGAUUACACAAAUGCAGUGACAAGGAUUGUGCUGUUUAUUUUUGUGUUGGGUAACUGUCCGUCCAUGGAGCUGAGUUAUGGCUCAAAGCGGCGGCCAUCUUUUAUACACAGGGUGGGACUACAACAGAUGGAUUUCUGGGUAGGGUAGUCUGGGUACUCUACACCCGGAACCUCUGGUCCAAAAUCAAAAGACAACACACACACACACAUAUACUACACACAUAGUUACACACAUACAUGUCAGGUUAGGUAGUUUAAACUACUGUGUACAGUGAAGUGGCGCUAGAGAUCAUAAAAGAUCAUAAGGGAUUUACCGUUUACAUGUUCAAAGUCGAUCCACGUAACCGUAGGAGCUAGGAGCAGGCUGACGUUGACCUAUUCAUUUUUGUAGGCAUGUUUUUCUAUUUCUGAAUACACAUCCCAGUACUCUGGCUCCUCUGACUGUGUGACUCUGAUCUGAACUGUGUCUGAAACUCUGCAUGUGUGGAUGACUAACGCUAUGGGACACUGAUGAACCAUCUCUGUGGUGAGCAGCUCCAUGGGACACACAUACUCCCCACGAGGCUGACUGGUCACUGUAGGCUAGAGAUGCUGGUCUAAGUGGCCAGCCACCUAUGGAGGUCUAUUGGUGAGUGUUCUGCAUGGCUGUAAGUGUACAAGGGCAGGGUCUGGGAAAUGUGCAUGAGAUGUUCUGGGCUCUAUACAGUAGGAGGGGCUGUGAUGCUGUUAGUAGCAGGUCAGUAUGUUCAUUGGUCAGACCCAGCCAGACAGUAUUAGACAUUAGGAAUGACCAGACAGGUAGACAGUCUAAGGCAGAGAAGUGUUGGUAAGAGAUGAGUGACGACUGGUAGAACUAUUGCUGGGUGUAUGGAUGGAAGGGCUCAGUUUGGGAGGUUCAUCAUCAGUAGGACCUUUGAGGACUGAGUACUGAUCGUGUGCCAUUGGGGUGAUGAUAAUGUGUACAUCUCCAUUUAGAGUACUUCUCUUAGAUUUGACUAUGAUGGGUUUUUCUCCAUUCAUUUAUUCUGUACUUCUGAAUCCUUUCUAAAGAGAAGUUGAUGUAAAACCUUGAUUCAGUUUUGUUCUUUUUUUAUUUGAGGACUGAUGUGUGAUUCUUUUCUCACGUCAUUGCUUUGACAGCUGUCUGUCUAUCUGGGCCAAAGGGGGUGGUGGUUUUCUGUGAGCGUUUGCGUCAUCGCAGGUCAGCGCGACCCUGUAUCAGCACAUAUUAAUAAAAAACUAUUUCAAAUCGAA